AUGGAAAAUGGUAGAACACAAACAACAUUCAUAGAACAGUCUAGCACGCAGUCCAUACCAACAGAGACGCCAGGAAAAAUGGUCAUCUCAGAGAACAGUGCUGAUAUUGUGUCUAGUCUCUUCAGUACACCAGUCGUGUUUCUAAUUAUAGCAGGAGUGAGCAUACUAGUUUUACUAGCCAGCGCAUACUUUCUCAUAAGGAAAGCAUCUUCAGCCAUACAAAGUCGCUUCAGAUCAGAGACUUCUACUGAUGCCACCAGAGCUGCCACUGAUAAAUCUGUCAAAAUCAUUCGGUUAUGA